CGGCCAGCAUUGAACGAUAUUUUGCUUGAACUUAAAAGAUUAUCAAAAGAAAUGACUCCAGAAUUCAUUAUAAAUAUUAUUGAUGAUAAAAAAAUUACACAGCUAAUGUACGAAUUUCAAUCGUUCAAAACCAUAGUUCUUUCAAAAUCUAAUAAUCAAUUAAAUGAAAAUCAAGAGGACACAAAACAAGACGUACAUAAUAGAUUAAAUGAAAUUCAAGAAGACAGAUUGCUUUCGUUGUAUAAUUAUGCUGUACGAUUAGUCGAUGAAGAAGUAAUUCACUUGAUAAGAUAUAGCGAUUUCAGACAACCAACAAAUAAAACUGACGUACCUAACGAUAAAAAGAAAAGAUUAUGGAACAAUGUGCUAGUAAAUUUAUGCUUAUUGGAAGAUUAUAGAUGUGAUAAUAAUAUCGUUACGAGGUUAUUAAACGAGCUCAAACCAUUUAAACAUAAUAAUAUGCUAGAAGUUUUUGGCCUUACUUUCGAUGACAAUAAUUAUUAUUUUGUCCGUGGUUAUUAUACAACGGAUUUACGAUCUUAUCUUGGUCAGCUGCGUUCUAAUGGUACUUUUCUAAGCUGGAGCGAUAAAUUAACGCUGACUUGGCAGGUUGUUGAAGGCCUGAAGUAUCUUCAUGAUCAAAAUAUUAUACACUCAGAGCUGCACCCAAAAAAUAUAGUUGUAUAUGAAGGGAUUCCUAAAUUAACUAACGUAUGGUUAUCUCAAAACAGAAACAACAAUUUUUCUUAUUCACCUCCUGAAAUUUUAUUGCCUAAUGAUGAAAAUAAACCAACAAAGUUAAAUAUUUAUUCCUUAGGCAUUCUAAUGUGGGAAAUUUCGAGUGAUGGUAUUGAGCCUUUCUAUCAAAAUAAUUCAAUUAAAUUAGCGAUUGAUAUUAUUAAAGGUGCUCCUAUUCGACCCAAUUGCGAAGAAGUUCUCGAUAAAUUGAGGAAUGUAUCACUUUCAGACGUUUAUUAUGAAGAAAAGGUUUACAAUACUGCCGAUUUUCGGAUGAUUAAACUUAAACCUAAAACAGCCGACCUAGAAUUGUCACUGGAAUCACUGGAAUGGGAUUAUGAAACAUUAUUCAGGCGUCGGAAGUUAGAGGCAGAUUUUGUUAAUUAUUUUACUUUAAACCGAGGUAUAAAUAUUCAAGGAUUUGAUUUUUAUCGUGCGAAAGGAAUUGUUUUGCGUGAUAAUGGUAAAUCAAUACUUCGUAAAUUGAACUCGGAUUCUCCUGUUGUCUACAUUCCAAAUUCCACGGAUAUAAUUUGGGAUAAUUUAAGAGGCACAAGUUUAUUUGAAAGUAAUAGUGAGGGGAGGAUGGAUUAUAAAGAACUACAAAUCCAUUUUCCAGUUAUAAUAGCAGAAUAUACAGCUGAUGUCUCUGAUAGUUUUAUUAAAGAUAUUGAGAGUGCGCUUAAAAUUUCAAACAAAAUUGAAAGAAAAAAGGCUCUAGCGAAUUACUUUAAUUAUUAUGGUAAUUACAUUGUAACGAAGUUCACACUUGGAGGAAAAGUUUCUGAAAUUUUUGACGACGUACCACUUGAUAAAAUACCUCCACUUGAAACUGACGGCGAAUUGGAUACCCUUGGCGACUUAUGCGACUGGUUAACGAGAAUAUAUGAUCUUGAAUCUAUCAAAGUUAUAUCUUACGGAAAGAUAAUCCCAUCUUACAAAUUACUACCAGAUAAUUUGCAACAAAGGCUAUUUGAUUUAACCGGUUCUAAACCCUUUGGGACACCCGAAGGUGAAUUAGUUCCUAAUGUUCCAGAAAAAUAUAAAAGAAAAGAAUUUGUAAAAUGGAUAGCAUUAAAACCUAAACUCGAAUUGUUUUUAUGGGAUUGGUUUCACAAUAAUUCGCUCCAAUAUGGUGUAAUUCUACACGAAUCAAAACCUGGACAUGGAAAAAAGGCGGCUUUUAAGUUUUUAAGGGUACCUACCACUACUGAAAUCAAAAAAGUCACUCUUUUAUUAGCACAACCACGAAACCGUCAAGAAGCAUAUUUAUUAGAGAAUGGCAUAAUACUAAAAGAUGAGGAUAAUUUAGAUCUUGAUAAUAUCCCUUUCGCUGAAUAUAGUUCAAUAAGCCGUCCUUUAGAGGAUUUCAAAUCUGCUAAAAAUCAACCGUCUCGAGCUAUUUACUGUCAAAUAAUUGUCAAUAUGGCAAAACUAUCCUUUAAUCUUACGGAUAUCAAUUCCUUACAGAAAUAUUCAAAUAAUGUUAACACAGCGCUUCAAACCAAUGAACCAUACAAAAAUCUUUGCAAAAUAUUUGGAGAUGACUAUGGACAUUUAUUGCCAAGAAAUUUAACCGUAGAUGGAGCUUUUAAUUGGAGCCUUGUUUCUUCUGGAGACUGGACGCCAUUAUAUAAGACUCUGCGAAAAACAAGUACUGUUAUUGAUAAUAUUUUUAGACAAUAUCAGAUUGUUUUUAAUGGAGAAGAAUUAUUCCAGAAGGAUCAACAGGACAUUUUUGUAAUUAAAUUUCCUGGUAUACUUAUUGACAAUAACUAUCACAUUUUUGGAGCUAUCGUAAAGAAAAACGAAAGUGGAGAUUGGAUAAAAUAUUCAUAUCCUAAUUUAUUAGUCCGCAAUAAAAACAGAAAUGUUAGAGCCCUUUAUGGAGUUCUCACCGUCAAUGGAAAUAAUUUAUCCGACAUACUUUUAAAAUGUAAAAAUCUUACUUCAGAUUGUGUUUUGAUAACAUCAAUUGUAUCCAAAGACAAUUCAGUUUUUUAUAAUAUUAAACCUAAAGCUUGGGCGAAAGCUAGAAUUAUAAUAGAUAUAACAAAAGACAAAAUAGAGUUUGAUUCAAAACAUGAUAAAGAUGAAUUUGAUGAUGAGGGUUUUGAUGGCAAAAUUGAUGAAAUUGAUGAUGAAAAAGAACAAGCUGUUAAAGAUACUGUCCUCAAAUGGUGCGUAAUUUACACUGACAGAGGAAAAUCUAUGACUAGUUAUGUUGAUAAUUCUCAAACACAUUCUUGGAAUUCAUUUGGUGAUUACCUCGCUGACAGUACAGAACGCCAGGGAGAGGAUGAUGAUUGGCUUUUUGAACAGCAACCUCGACUGACGUUAGAAGAAGCAAUUGAACAACAUAAAUUAGAGAAUGGUGAUUUGCUUGAAGCAUGGAGGGUCUUUAUAAAUUAUGCUAGGAGAGGAGACCAUAUUGCACUUUAUUGGAUUGGAUUUUAUCUGCAAUAUGACAUUUUAACAGCUUCUAACCUUUUUAGAAGGGGAUUUUACGAAGAAGCUAUAGAAGAGUUUGCCGAAGAAGGUGAAACAUAUUUAAAAACUGCAAUGAUACUCUAUAAAAAAUCUGCAGAUUCUGGCUAUUCAGAAGCACAGCUAAGAUAUUGUUUUGGUCUUUAUUUGGGACAAGGGGAGAAAUGGCUGAUUGACGCUGCCAAAAACAAACAUCAAAAGGCUAUAGAUUAUUGCAGACAACACCAUAUUGUUUCACCAAUAUCACCGGUUUUACCAGUAUCAUCUGUUUCACCAGCAUCACAAUGUUUAUUGGGACUGGUGACUGAUGAAAAUUGGUGCAUCCUUAUUGAAUAUACGAAAGAAUUAGAAACAAGUUGCGAUGUAAAACAUUUCGAUUAUUCACAGUUUAGUGACUGCAAAGUCAUUGGGAGAGGAGGAUAUUCUGUUGUAUAUUCAGCCAUCUUCGAAGGGCAAAUAUACGCAAUAAAAAGUCUAAAAAAUAAUCUGAGUUUUGAUGAUAAAAUAUUCAAAAAUGUUAAAAGUGAAAAAUUAUCAAAAGAAAAUUCUUCAAAAUUCAUAACAAAUAUUAUUGAUGAUAAAAACAUUAUCAAUGAUAAAAAAAUUAUUGAUGAUAAAAAUAGUAUUAAUGAAAAAAUUAUUGAUGAUGAAAAAAUUAUUGGUGAUAAAAAAAUUAAUAAAAAUAAAAAAAUUACUGAUGAUAAAAAAAUUAUUGAUAAUAAAAUAAUUAUUGAUGAUAAAAAAAAUAUCGAUGAAAAAAAUGUUGAUGAUAAAAAAAAUUAUGAGGACUUAACUAUUCACAGAAAACAAGACGUAAACAUGAACAAACAUUCGUUAUAUCAUUAUACAACACGAUUAAUCGGUGAAAAAAAAAUCCACUUGAUGAGAUAUAGCGAGUUCAGACAACCAACAAACAAAACUGACAGACCUGAUGAAACAAAGAAAAGAUUAUGGAACAAUGUGCUAGUAAAUUUAUGUUUAUUAGAAGAUUAUAGAUGUGAUGAUAGUAUCGCUGCGAGGUUAUUAAACGAGCUCAAACAAUUUAAGCAUAAUAAUGUGCUAGAAGCUUUUGGCCUUACUUUUGGUUUGUGCAUUUAA